AUGUUGUACAUGCUAGCAGUUCUGACCGUCCUCGGGUGGCCGGAGGGUGCGGCGGGUCAGGUGACCACGAUGACCAUCAUCCCGCGCCAGUUCAAGUACGAGAAGGCAUGCUUUGAUAUGUACUACGGGCAGCCGCAGUCCGGAUGGGACUAUUAUGAGGUGCGAAGCAAAGCAGCGUGUCAGAUGAAGUGUUUCCAGGCGGGACCAACUUGCCUGGCAUUUUUCUAUCGCCCCACCGCCUCCUGGUGUCGUCUGAACGAAAUCAAGCACGAGAAUCGCACGGACGUUGGAUGUUCUGGGAACGAACUCGUCGACUAUGCCGAGGAAACUGUGAGCGAUUUGUUUUAG